AUGGAACUAUUUCUAUCACUUCUCCAUCUCGUAUGCCUUACAUCAAUUCUCUGCGGGAAUGUUUCUCAACUUGUUCUUCAAUUAUACACAAGAAGACUUCGUGAUGUUACUCAUGUUCAACAAUUUCUUGCAUUCUUUUUCGUUAUCAAUGCAUUUGUUUCACUUGGAACUCCAUGGAUGAUUGUUGAAACUUUAGUACGUCAUUGGACAUUUGGUCCAAGUGCUUGUAGAGCAUAUCAAGCAACUGCUCAAGUUGGAAGAACUAUUUUACCAUAUAUUAUUGUUGCUCUUUAUGUGGUUACGAGUAUGUCAAUCAGUCCUUCAAGGAAAUGCCGUAUUCGACAAUCUUUUACUUCGAUGAUGUUUGUCAUCAUAUUUGCACUUCUCGUUCUUUUCAUAAUCAUUCCGGUUAUCGGAAGUUCUACGCUAAUACCCCAGAUUCACGGAAAUCAUUUACCAGGAGAACUGUAUAGUGUUAUGUUCGAAUCAUUUUUCUGUGUCAUUCCAUUCUCGGAAGAAGUGUAUACAGAUGGAGUGGCUCUUUUUGUGGAAGUUAUUGUUCCAUUGAUUCUAUGUACAAUUUGUGCAGUUCGACUGAAAAUGACAACAAAAGAAAUGACAUCGAUGAUGUCAAUUGACUCUGUGAACUAUUAUUUGCUGUGGAUAUCAGUGAUUCAUUUCUCUACAAGUGUCUGGUACUAUUUCUCUGUGGAAACAAAACGAUGGAUUUUUGAUUUUCUACCAUCUCCAAUGGAUUAUCGAGAUAUUCUUUGUCUUUUACCAUACAUUUCUUCUUCGCUUACGUGGUAUCCAGCAUCUGAUAUGAGUACAUUAUGGUCAUUAUACGAGAGCCAGAAUGAAAGUCCAGAAUCUUGUCAGAGCAGAAACUCGUCUCGUCAUGUUCGUCUUGUUGUACCUCAUUCGACUUCAGCUUUAGAAGAUUGUGGAUAUAAUCAUAGUUACCACUUGCCAUUAAGUUCACAAAAUACCUGUGAUGUAUGA